UUUUUUUUUUUUUAUUGCCUUUGUAGGCAGACGGGCAUACGGCCCACCUGAUGGUGAGUGGUUACCGUCGCCCAUGGACUUCAGCAAUGCCAGGGGUAGAGCCAAGCCGCUGCCUACCGCAAAACCACCUCGAUUAAGGCUGUAGUUAACAAAACUUGAUUUGUAUUUUGUUUAGAAAAAUUUACAAUAGUAUCGUCAGUGCUGUGUGGCACGGACAAGGCACUGGAAGUGAGUAUAUUGUUAGAUACAGUAUCUACUGGUUUAUGUAUGAGAGUAUUGUGUCUUCCUUUGCACUUAAGACACGGACCGAGACGACAAGUUUGUACCUUGUGACCUAGCCUCAAACAAUUAGUGCAUAGUUUUAAUUUGUAUACUUCAGCUAUACGCUCCUCUACGCUCUUACUAAUGAAGGUAGGGCAAUCGUAGAUUCGAUGACCUUGUUGACACACUACACACGAUAUAAGAUUUGCAGGAGCAGUGGUUUCAUUGCUAGUGCAAGCAAAAGAUUUUGUAUAUGGCUUAUCUUGCUUAUUAUUAAUAUUAGAAAUAGUGAAUUUAGAAUGCAUUGAUUUAUAUGAAUUACGAUUUAUAGACUCAAGGACGUCAGCACGAUUAAUUAAAAAUUUAUAACAUUGUUCCAAAUUCGGUACAUCAUCCAACGCGCCACGACACUCCUCCUAUUUCAAAAGAGUGUGGCUGUCUAGCUUUGAGCUCAUUAUGUGAAUUAUGAGGACAUCCCAUUUGUCGGUAGGUUGACCUAGGCUAGACAAUGCUAUUGUUUCACGGGGCCCGGAGAGCGCCGCCUCAGAGGGCCCACCUUGUGAUCGGAGGCGUUCGCGUCGAGAUCGAGGCGACCGGGUUACGGUACCUCGGUCUCGUACUGGACGGUCGUUGGAGCUUCCGCACUCACUUUGAGAGAUUAGGUCCCCGAUUGAUGGCGGCUGCCGGCUCGCUGAGUCGGCUGUUGCCGAACGUCGGGGGACCUGGCGUGGUGGUGCGCCGCCUCUACACGGGGGUGGUGCGGUCGAUGGCACUGUACGGGGCUCCCGUGUGGUGCCACGCCCUGACCCGCGACAACGUUGCGGCGUUGCGACGUCCGCAGCGCGCGAUUGCGGUCAGGGCGGUUCGUGGAUACCGCACCGUCUCGUUCGAGGCGGCGUGCGUGCUAGCUGGGACGCCUCUCUGGGACCUGGAAGCGGAGGCGCUCGCUGCGGAUUACGCGUGGCGAUGCGAUCUCCGCUCCAGGGGGGAGCCGCGUCCUGGCGCGGCGGAAGUUCGAGCGCGGAAACUUCAAUCUCGGCGUGCCGUGCUCGAGGCGUGGUCUCGCCGCCUGGUGGACCCCGCCUACGGGCGACGAACCGUCGAGGCGAUCCGCCCGGUCCUCUCGGACUGGGUGAAUCGCGACCGAGGACGUCUCACCUUCCGGGCGACGCAGGUGCUCACGGGACACGGCUGUUUCGGUCGCUACCUGUACCUCGUCGCCCGGAGGGAGCCGACGCCGAAGUGCCACCACUGCAGUGGCUGCAACGAGGACACGGCGGAGCACACGCUCGCGUACUGCCCCGCUUUCGCGGAGCAGCGCCGCGUCCUCGUUGCAAAAAUAGGACCGGACUUGUCGCUUCCGACCGUCGUGGCUACGAUGCUCGGCAGCGACGAGUCCUGGCAGGCGAUGCUCGACUUCUGCGAGUCCACCAUCUCGCAGAACGAGGUGGCGGAACGGGAGAGGGAGAGCUCUUCUUCCCUCUCGGCGCCGUGCCGCCGCCGUCGAGCCGGGGUUCGGAGGAGGGCGUUUGUCCAGCUCCAGCCCCUAUGAGGAGGCAGUCUCCUCCCGGUGAUGGUCACGGGGCGACCUAAGGGGGUUGAGGCUGCGCCGCACGCUACCGUCACUCUAGCGCGCUGGCACCAGGAGGACGGGACGGCGCGUCGGCGGCUGCGCACUGCGAUGCGGUCCGCAUUUUCGUCGUCGCUGUCGUCGCCGAACAUACUGUUGAAGAGCAACCCGGUCGGCGGUGUAUCGCGUUCCGACCCGGCAGGCUGGUUCUGGCCCAGCGGGGUAUCCCGGAACACCAGCGGCACCGCCCGGGCGGCCUGGUAGGGCCGCCGUACCGCGGAGACUGACGUCGUUGGUCGUCGACUAUCGCCUCGACGACCCGUCGGUCGGGCGUCCUCGGGGUGGCGCCGCGUGUCUGGUUGUAGUGUUGACCGCGGGAACCCCCCUACUCUGAACGGGUUCUGACCCCGGACGGAGAUCGGACGUCGGGUGUAAGAGUGCAGGGGAGUCGUUUAGUGGGUGGGCCCUAAAAUCCUUGGGCCCGCGAUCUGCUCUCAACACCUGCAGAUCGUUGAGUCUCACAUACCCCGCGCGCCCCCUAGGCGCGGGGACCUCGUAGGAGGUUCGGCCCCCGGCCCGAGAAAAAAAAAAAAAAAAAA